AAAACGCGUCACUGUGUUUCAAACUUCACAUUCAAAUUAAUUCCUGGAUCACAACCAAACUUUACAAAUUCUACACUAAAACUUGCUUCCCUUUGUCAUGGAAAACUUGCCCUAUUACUUGGCUCUGCUACUCUUCUCACUCGUCAUAUUCAAACACUUCUUCCAUCGCAAUUCCAAAUUACCACCAAGCCCCUUCGCUCUCCCCAUAAUCGGCCACCUCCACCUCAUCAAAAACUCACCCCAGGAAGCAUUAAAUCACUUAUCAUCCAAACACGGUCCUAUUUUGUUUCUCCGAUUUGGCUCUCGGCCUACCCUGGUCGUCUCCUCUCCCUCCGCCGUCGAAGAAUGCUUCACCAAGAACGACGUCGUAUUCGCGAACCGCCCGCGAUCGAUCGCCGGCGAUUACUUAACCUACAAUUACACCGCCGUCGUGUGGGCUCCGUACGGCGACCUGUGGCGGAGCCUCCGCCGCCUCGCCGUCGUUGAACUCUUCUCUUCCAAAAGCCUCCAGAAGUCCUCGAUCGUCCGCGAACAAGAAAUUCGUAACAUUCUCUCUCACUUGAUGAAGAUUGGGAAUCGAGAGGUGGAUUUGGAGUACUGGUUCACUCUAUUGACAUUCAAUAUGACGACGAGGCUCGUUGCUGGUGAUCGAUGCGUGAGGGAUGAGGAUGCAGGGACGGAAUUGGGGAAGCGAUUUGUUGAAGGAUUGAAGGAGAAGUUUCUUAGGAGUUCGCCGUCGAAUUUGUGCGAUUAUGUUCCGAUUUUGAGAUGGAUUGAUUACGGAGGGGUGAAGAAGGGUAUGGUGAUUUUGCAGAAGAAGAGAGAUGAGUUUUUGCAGGGUUUGAUUGAUCAGGUUCGGCGAAAGAGAGCCGAUGAGGGAGGCGAUAAGAAAACGUUGAUCGGAACUCUGUUAUGCCUCCAAGAAUCGGAACCUGAUUUUUAUACGGACGAUCUCAUCAAGAGUUUAAUACUGGUGAUGUUUUUGGGAGGAACAGGAACAUCAAUAGUCACGAUGGAACGGGCAGUGUCGUUUCUUUUAAAUCAUCCGUCGACGUUCCAGAAGGCCAGAGCAGAGAUUGACAACCAAGUUGGACAUAGGCGUUUGCUAGAUGACUCUGAUCUUUCCAAGCUUCCCUUUCUCCAAUGUGUCAUCAAUGAAACCCUAAGGCUAUAUCCUCCUGCGCCGCUUCUAUUACCACGUUAUUCAUCUGAAGAUUGCACUGUUGGGGGAUUUGAAAUACCUCGCGGUACGACUCUGUUGGUGAAUGCUUCGGGCUUGCAUAGGGAUCCCAAGGUUUGGGAAGAGCCUGACAAGUUCAAGCCGGAGAGGUUUGAAGGGGAAAGAGAAGGAUUCAAAUUUGUUCCAUUUGGAAUAGGGAGGAGGGCGUGUCCCGGUGCCAACAUGGGUGUGCGGGGAAUUUCCUUGGCUUUGGGCUCACUUAUUCAGUGUUUUGAAUUGGAGGAGGUUCGAGAAAAAAAGAGCUUGAUCAUAGAUUCAAAACCUCUGCUCAAGGCUGAAGCUUUAGAGGUCGUGUGCAUUCCAAGAAAAAAUGCACUUGAACUCCUCUCUCAAUUUCAAAAUUGAAGUGUGCUAAUGGAUCUUUAUUUUUAGCUAGUUAUGAUUAGGCUAGUCAACGGAUCAAAUUUUCCAUAAUCGGAAUCCCAUCUGAUCUGACAGAUUGAAUAAGAAAUCAUCUUAAUCAAGUUUAUCCAAUUAUUCAAUUCGAAAAUAUGAUCCAAUUGAAUUUA